CCCUUCUCACCGCAGACUGAACGUCACGUCCGCACUUGAACUUGAGUUUUCUCCCAUCGUAGAAGCCAGAGAGCCGCACAGAGCCGCACAGAGUCGCACACAGUCCGGGGAUGCGGGACUCUGCAGCAAGCACAAAGAGAAAAGAGGGUGUCAGUCUGUACUCAGACCAGUACUGGGCUUUGACUUGAAGAGUUAAAGUCUAACCCGCCCGCCCGGCCGGCACUGUCAGUGCAGCAGCUGAAGUGCCCACCACUUGGCGACAUCUCGUGAAGUGCCGUGAAGAAAACUGGAUUCCUAUUUUACGCACGUUUAGACGUUAAUUGGCGUCCUGUCACCUUCUUCAUCCACGCAGGAACGAAAGGUGUCCACUGUGGCCGGAUAGUGGACACAGGUAGUGACUGACCAAGAAGUGACCGCCGACCUCCCGCGACUUACCGUGUCUCCAUCCCUUCAACACCGCGUCUUCAUCGGCUCUCCUGUGACAGAUGGUGUGAGAGCAGCGGAAGGAGGACCCGGACUAUCGCCCAUCCUCAUCUCCACUGUGACCGAAGAAAGGUGCACAACCACUUUGACGACGAGAGCCCAGGAGCCGAGCGCUGCGCCACGGCCGGUCUCACCAGAGCGCAGGAGCCGCUGCACACUGAAGAGACAACCGCCGCGCGGGAGUCAGCUCGGGGGCCACAUUUGGAGCCAGUGCAAAGCGGGCAAUUUGAGGUGGCCAGCGACCGGUCGGUUUUGGGGCCAGCUUGGCCAGUCACAGAAACAGCAGGAGGAGGUGGAGGAGAAGGAGAGCCGACCCUUCCAGCGCCGCUCUCCGGGCGAUGCCAGUGUAAAUGCCAGGGCAAUGUCCCGACGCAAGCAGGGGAACCCGCAGCACCUGUCCCAGAGAGAAAUAACAUCGGAAGUUGAGCAUCCAGAUGGCGCUCUGCUCUCCAACUCUCUACCUUCCCACCCACUUGGCCUACCCUCCCAUCCACUUGGCCUACCUCCCCACCCUUUGGACCACAGCUUGGCCCACACCCUGCCGCCUGGCCUCCACGCCGACCACGACCUGCUGACCUGCGGCCAGUGCCAGAUGACCUUCCCACUCGGCGACAUCGUCCUCUUCAUUGAGCACAAAAAGAAGCAGUGCCAAAUGCCGCUGCUGGCCAAUGGCUGUUACGACAAGAUGAACGACAGAGGAGGACAAGGGGGGAGUCCCACUCUGCAGAGCCUUCAUCAUUACACCCAGCGGGUCGAGCUGAGGAAGGUGGUGGAGCCGGUGGAGAUAGGCAUCCAGGUGACACCGGAGGAGGAGGAGGUGGGAGGAGUAAGGGAAAGAGGUGAGAGGGGAGAGAAGACGCCCAUCAAAGGAAUUUGCCCCAAGCAGGAGAACACACCAACGGGUGGCAGGGACGAGCCCUCCAGCUAUAUAUGUACCACCUGUAAGCAGCCCUUCCCCAGCGCCUGGUUCCUGCUGCAGCAUGCCCAGAACACCCAUGGCAUUCGCAUUUAUUUGGAGUCCAACCCCUCUAGCACAGCCCUCACCCCUCGUCUCACUAUGCCUCCACCCAUGGGCAAUGACUCCAUCCCACAGUCCCCCCUAACCAACUUUCUAGGAGACAAUAACCCCUUCCAUCUCCUGAGGAUGACAGGUCCCCUGCUUCGGGAACCUCCCCCAGGCUUUGUGGAAAACCGUCUCCCCAACACGCCUCCAUUUGUCAGUCCGCCUCCCCGCCAUCACCUGGACCCCCAUCGGCUGGAACGCCUUAGCGCUGAGGAAAUGGGCCUCAUCUCCCAACACCCCAGUGCCUUUGAGAGGGUAAUGCGGCUCACACCCAUGGCUAUGGAGUCUCAGUCGAUGGACUUCUCCAGGCGGUUACGCGAGUUGGCAGGGAACACUAACAGUACCACUCCACCACUGUCACCCAGCAGGCCCAACCCUAUGCACCGGCUACUAAAUCCCAAUCCAUUCCAACCUGGGCCUAAAUCGCCCUUUCUGAGCACCCCUCCCUUGCCCCCUAUGCCCCCAAACAGCACCACUCCUCCUCAGACACAGAACAAGGUUAAAUCCUGUGAGUUCUGUGGUAAGACUUUCAAGUUUCAGAGCAACUUGGUGGUGCACCGGCGCAGCCAUACUGGAGAAAAACCAUACAAGUGCCAGCUGUGUGACCACGCCUGCUCUCAGGCAAGCAAGCUGAAGCGCCACAUGAAGACUCACAUGCACAAGGCUGGAUCACUGACAGGGCGCUCCGAUGAUGGCCUUUCAACAACAAGUUCCCCAGAGCCAGGCACCAGUGAUGUCACAGGAGAGGGUAUGAAAAAUCGGGAUGGGGACUUCCAGGGGGAAGGCAACGAGGAGGAAGAAGAGGAAGAGGAAGAAGAGGAACUUGAGAAUGAGAGCCGACCAGAAUCUAACUUCAGCAUGGAAUCUGAGUUCUACCGGAACAGGGAGAAUGGUUCUAAACCUCAUUCAGAAGAAAAGUCAUCACUUGCCCUAGAGAAGAUGGUGGAAGGUGGCGGGCUCAACUCCAUACAGCAGUACAAUAAUUUGAUAGUUGACAAUCGUAAAAGGAUGCCCUUCUCCAAGAGGGGUUUGGAUGGCCAGCGUGACACUGGAGACGAGAAUUCAGUGGCUGAGGAAAUGGACCACCACCAGCAGGAAGAGAGGACAACUAUUAAUGGCCGGAACUGUGGCUCCGGUGACUCUUUCUCAGGCCUGUUUCCCCGUAAACCUACCCCCAUCACCAGCCCCGCCCUGUCGAACUCCUCAAAUAAGAGGAUCAAGAUUGAGAAAGACUUGGACAUUCCCCCAGCCCCCCACAUCCCUUCUGAGAACGUGUACUCCCAGUGGUUGGUGGGCUACGCUGCCUCACGCCACUUCAUAAAAGACCCCUUCCUAGGCUUCACUGACUCCAGACAAUCGCCCUUUGCCACUUCUUCUGAGCACUCAUCAGAAAACGGCAGUCUACGGUUCUCAACGCCUCCAGGUGACCUGCUGGAUGGGGGCCUGUCUGGCCGCAGUGGUACUGCCAGUGGGGGCAGCACACCACAUCUAGGUGGAGGUCCCGGUCGACCAAGCUCCAAGGACAGCAGGAGGUGCGACACCUGCGAAUUCUGUGGCAAAGUUUUUAAGAACUGUAGCAACCUGACGGUGCACCGACGCAGUCACACUGGCGAAAGGCCCUACAAGUGUGAGCUGUGCAACUAUGCCUGCGCCCAGAGUUCUAAACUCACACGCCACAUGAAGACACACGGCCAGCUUGGUAAGGAGGUCUACCGCUGUGACAUUUGCCAAAUGCCCUUCAGUGUGUAUAGCACUCUGGAGAAACAUAUGAAAAAGUGGCAUGGAGAACAUUUGAUGACCAGUGAGGUCAAAAUUGAGCAAGCAGAGAGAGCCUAAAGCAAGUUUCCUAUGUCCAUAUUCUGCACCACAUUUUGACUUAAAAUAAAUAAUGGGGUAGCUGGAUACUUUUUUUAAAUGAAAUAUUAAUUUUGGUUAAUUUUGUGUUUUUGAUUAAAAAACUGCCAACUGAGAAAAAAAAAGUAAAAACAGAGAUCUUACACCAACUGAAGCUGUCUAAACUGCCUCAUUUGGCAUUCAUUUUUAAACAAUCAGUCGGUUGAGUUACAAAAUAUGUGGAGCCUUUAACUGUGCAAUAAUUUCUGUAUUUAUUGGAUUUUGUAUUUUGGCAUGAGCAGGUACAUUUUUAUUAAGAUUUUUUUUUUUUUUAAUGUUAGUUAGAUUUUUAUUUGAUUUCGAUUUUGUUUUUGUUUUUUAAACCCACAUGAUAUCCUGAGAGUUCUUUAGAGGACAAAAAUCCAUUUUAAGUCUUUUUGGCCACUGCUUGUAGGAAAUUGUAUAUUAAGCUAAAUGUGUAAUUUCUUGAGAAUAUGCUGAAUUCAAUCUUCAAUUUGAAAGUGGCGUUAACUGAGAAUGCUAGAAUUAGUCUAUUUUAUGUGACAACGAUACGCGGACAACAAUCCUUUGGCAUUGUAGCAUGAACUGACUCUAAAACAUGUCAAUAUAAUUGGAUAUGUAGCACUGAGUGUCAUAUUUGACAGUAAAUGUAAAAUGAAGGAGGAUCCCAAGGUUCAUAAACCCUGUCUCCUCCUGAAACAGAUUCUGAAUAAGGCAGCUGUUGACUGGUACGUUGUGCCAAGCUCUGACAACGCUAUGAGUACCCUCCCUCGUUUCUUCUACUCACUCCCCCCUUUCCUAUUACUACCGACUCACCUACAUUCAUAAAUCCAUGCAUUAUAUUUUGCAUGAAGCCAUAUGACCUAGGCUAUAUUAUUUAUUACGAGUAAGUGAGCAUGAAGCCAUGAAGAGUGCGCAUAGAGAGAUAGGGAAAAAGAAACAGAGAGAGCACAGGGACAUCUCAGGGUAAACUGUACUGCUUUCCUUUAUUUACCCAUUCAUUCCUAUAUUGCCACUUGUCAAGCAACUUUCAAAGCAUCUUCACUUCAUCAGUCAUUGUAAUCACUCCCUGCCAAGACGAAGCUUGGAGCCUAAGCUUUAACCUAAUUUCAAAAUCCUCAUUUAUAUUUGAGUCAGUGUCUCCAAUUCUAACUUUAAUUUGUUUAAAGAGGGUAAAAUGUAAGUACAUACUACCACUUUAAUUAGACUUCUGCAGAUCCUUUAACUCUCAGAUUUUAUAGUUAAAAUUGUAUAAAAAAAAAUCAUCAUCCCUAUGCAUUUUGUGCUAAAAAUAUAUUGCAAUUUGUUGAAACGACAUUAGUAGUAAAUUUUGACUUGUAAUAUUGUAGUGAUUCUAUAAUUGAAGUCACCUCUAGAUGAAUCAGAAUUUUUCAAAGCUUCAUUGUUAGUUGUGGGACACGUUUGCGUAGAAGAGGAACAUGUAUCAGUGUGUGCUGAAAGAAUAAAACUAAUUUCCACUAUGCCCAACGGCAUCUGUUUGCUCCAUGCCUUUAAAUGAAUAAAUACAUCACAAUCACAUUUUUCUUUAAGCCCCAUCCACAUUCAUUAUGGCACUAUUUUAUUUUUUUUUUUUAAGUUGUCAAUGUGAAUACACGCAGCUCUAAACAACAGACCUGCACUUUAUGAUUUUUCCGUCUGACACACACAGAAAUCUGGACAGAAAAACGUACUAAAGGGUCUGGAGCUUGGGAUCUCCCGAUGUUAAAGUGCCCAGGGUUGUUAGGCUUGGCUUUCCUAAUGCUGGCACUAUAAAAUUCAGUAAACGAAUAAUGAUCAUUUAUUUGGGACAGUUUUUGUACUGCUAUUCAAUUUGACAUGAGUGUGCCUUGAACAAUGAUCUUCCUUGUUAUUGUAGACAAAUGGAACACUUUUUAUGGAGUAUCAAAAUGAACAAGAAAAUAGAUGCAAAAAUGUGACAUUUGAAAGCUCAACAUAAUUAUUUAAAUUAAUACAAAAGAAACAAUGCUGAGUUUAGGUUUAGGAGUACCCAGCACAAUAUUAAUGUGUUUGUGUGUGUAUAUAUGUAUGCAUAUGUACAUAUAAAGGCACAAACUUAUAUAUAGAUCUUUAUCAAAUUCCUCACUCACAAGAACAAGAGUCAGUCCCUCAACAGAAAAAUUCCGGGAGUGCACAAAAGCCACACAAAAAGUUAAGGAAGAGACUGGACUAAAAUCAGGAAAUGAAGAAACUUAAAAAAAAAAAAAAAAAAAUUAGUGCACUCUAUCUUAAAAUAAGUUUACAGUAUUGAUACAAGUACAAGGGUAAAAUAAUAUUUGUGUGUAUGUGUGUUUAAGCAAGUAUUUUUUAUUUCAGGUUUACUUCUAAACUUUCUCUGAAUGCCCGAGUGGCAACGUGUACAUUGAUUUUCCUUUGUUUUUUCUCUUUUCUUUGGUGACGGGGUUUUAGUAUAAAUAUAUAUAUAAAUAUAUAUGAAUAUAUAUUACAUUUUUCUUGUUUACUGUAAAAGUAUACCAGUAUUUGUAAUAUUCAAGAAUGCCUGGGCAUUUUACAAAAAUAUAAAAAAGGUUAAUUUUAAUUCUUUAUUUUACAGUCCAAUUUAAAUUGUGGGUCUCUUAAACUGUUUUUGUCACUGUAACUGUAAAAGUCUUAAGUUUUAGUAACUUUUAUUCUGCCUUGGGUGUAAUGAAAUUAAAAAAAAAAAAUAAAUGAAUUAAAAAAAAUGACUGAGCUGUAACAAACUUGGAUUUGGUAGUGGGGUUUGGGGUGCAGGGUGGUGGGUGGGUGGGUGAUCCACUAGAGAGGGAGGCUUUCUCCCUUAGAGAACAUUGGUUCUGCUAUUCAGGAAAAAAAAAAAACACACUGAGAAUCCUGGCUUGUAUCUAUUUUUCUUCUUCUGGAAUGGAUUAUUCUUCAUGGAUGGUUUAAAUUACAUGUAUAGGCACUUGCUGUCUCUCCUAAGGAGCUUGUCUUUUUUUAACUUGUAGACUAUGUGCAUCCUUUGUGAAUAGGGUACUCUGGGUACCUCAGGACGUCUUGCUCUUAUUUUGGGUGCAGCAGUAGGGUGACAUUAUUCCAGUGACCAAUCCAACUCACCUGCUGCCACAUUCUGUUUUUCCUCUCAGUGUGCAGGAUAAACAGAACCUGAUGAAUUUGUACUGUUGUAAUGACUCAUGUUGUACAGAAAGGGAACAAAAAGGUUGUUAAACAGCCUUUAGUUACAAAAACACAACUUGCUGUUUUUUUUCCACUCCAUUGGUUGUACAUAGUUUUUUAUGACUACGCUGUUUUCAUUCUGUUUGACUUUUUUUGUUUGUGAUUUCUAACUGGCACUGGCAGUGACUUCCCUGUGUUUGAAGGGAGGGUGUGUGUGUGUGUGUGUGCGUGUGUGUGUGUGUGUGUGUGUGUGUGUGUGUGUGUGUGUGUGUGUGUGUGUGUGUGUGUGUGCGUGUGUGUGUGGGGAUGGGGUGUUCUUCUGUUUGACCUUUGUGACCUCCAUGUCAGUUUUCAGGCAAAUGCCUUCCCAGUUGAUAUUUCUCGGCAUGAGAACAGAGCACAAAUACAAGCUGUUACAAUUCCCCAUUCUUUGCUUGUUUGUCUCAUUUUGUUCUUUGGUUUCACAGAAAGGGACCACGGACAAAAACAACUACAGCAUCAACCAUGAGAGGCUAUUUCUCAUGCAUAUGGGCUACGUUUUAAACACAAACACAUGCACUGCUGCUGGAACGAGCCGCAGAAAGAACAAUCAUUUAAACACCUUCCAAUGACAAAAGAUGCAGAAGAAAACGGUUGGGGCUUUGAUAAAACACUUCUCAAAAGAGUAUGCCUAAUAUUUUCUUUCAUGGUGCUUUCAUUUAGUCUCCCACAGGUCCUUCCAAUUCAAAUCCAAUCAAUGCCACAUUCCAUACUGGCGGCUUUCCUUGUAUUUGUACUGAAAUAGUAAUAAAGAUACAAUGCAUUGGGAUGAUGCUGAGAAAAUGUCAUUAUUGUUCUGUAAUAAUGUUUAAAUGCAGACAGGGAGGGCUGGGGACGGCACUUUCUGGAGUAAGGAUGUACUGCUGUUUGUGAUGUCGCUUAAUUUAAAUACAUGAACUACGUUUCAUAGGCUGCAGCUUGUGUUCUCUCUGAUGUCACUGAGGUGCUGCCAGUGGUUGCCAUUGGCUGAUUACAGUAAACAUGACAUUCAGACUC